UUUGUAUAUAUAUAUAUAUAUAAUAGCAGUUUGCUAUUUGAUUUGUGUACAUAUUUGUUAUUUUUUUUCUUGUUGUUUCUCUACUGUUUGCGGGAACUUCCCAAGUCUGAUUUGUCACUGGAACAAGUCGGGACUUGUCGAAAGAGUCAAGAUUUAAACAGUACAACUAUUUAUUUAUUUAUUGAACAGAUACGCACUUGUUUGAAUAUAAAUAUGGAUCAAGUAGAAGUCGCUGCCAAAGAAAAUGAGAGCAAAGCCGCUUGGAAGCCCAAGAACCCAUGGGGAGCACCUCACAAAGAAACAGUCCCAUGCUCAUUGACAGACGUUAUGAGUGAACAGCUGGCUAAGCAUCUGCAGCUUGAAGAUGAGUUGUCAGCCUUUCCAAGCACUGCAGUGAAUAAUGAACCUCUUAUCACUGGAGACAAUAUUGACACCUCUAGUGACCUGCUGCUGGCCCAGAUGCUGCAGAUGGAGUUUGAUCGAGAGUUUGACUUGCAACUACGGCUUGAAGAGAAAAAAUAUAAUGGAGACAGCAAAGUCUCAAUUUCAUUUGAAAACUAUCGAAUGGCACACCCAUAUGAUGACAGUGACAGCUCAGAUGAUGAAGUAGACUGGCAGGACACACGUCAUGAUCCAUAUGGACCUGAUAAACCAAAAACCACGCCCAAGAAGGGUUUUACUGGAAAAGGCAAAAAUAUCACCACAAAGCAUGAUGAAGAAAUAUGUGGCAGAAGAAAUACUGCACGUAUGGAGAAUUUUGCUUCUGAAUUUCUAGUCGGAGAUGGAAUUGGAAUGGAUCUAAAACUCUCCAAUCAAGUUUUUAAUUCUUUGAAACAACAUUCCUAUUCUGAGCAACGUCGCAGCGCCAAAAUCCACGAAAAAAAGGAGCAUUCAACUGCAGAGCAAGCAGUUGAUUCAAAAACUCGCUUACUAAUGUAUAAGAUGGUGAAUUCUGGGAUAUUGGAAGCAGUUAAUGGCUGUAUCAGCACAGGAAAAGAGUCUGUUGUAUUUCAUGCCAAAGGAGGAAGCAUUGAUGAUAAAAUUGUUCCAGAAGAAUGUGCUCUUAAAGUGUUCAAGACAACUCUGAAUGAGUUUAAAACCCGAGACAAGUACAUCAAAGAUGAUUACCGAUUUAAAGACCGAUUCAGCAAGCUGAACCCAAGGAAAAUCAUUCGUAUGUGGGCUGAAAAAGAAAUGCAUAACCUGGCCAGAAUGCAAAGUGCUGGAAUUCCAUGCCCUGAAGUAAUUAUCCUUAAGAAGCAUAUCCUUGUCCUGUCCUUCAUUGGAGAAAACCAAGUACCAGCCCCGAAACUCAAAGAAAUAAAUCUGAACAGUGAGGAUAUGAAAGGGGCCUAUUACCAGGUGCUAAAUAUGAUGAAGCAGUUAUAUAAUGAGUGUAACCUUGUUCAUGCUGACCUAAGUGAAUACAACAUGCUUUGGCAUGAUGGAAAGGUUUGGUUCAUAGAUGUGAGUCAAUCAGUGGAGCCAACACAUCCUCAUGGGCUUGAAUUUCUCUUCAGAGACUGCAGAAAUGUCUCUACGUUUUUCCAGAAGGCUGGUGUUGCAGAAGCAAUGAAUGCAUUUGAUCUGUUCAAUGCAGUGUCUGGUUUAGAUGUUCAAGCAUCAAAUGAAGCUGAAUUUGUUGCAGCGAUUGAAGCCCUGGAAAAGAUUAAUGAAGAUCAUGUACAAAAGCGCGGCAAAAAGGCUUCAUUUGAUCAGAGUGAUGAUGGGGGUCCACCAAUAAUAAAUGAUGAAUAGUGUUUUCAUAUAUUUUUAACUGAGAUCAAAAAUUAUUUGUCAGAAAUGGUCAGAAGACACGAAGGUUAAUUUUCUCUAAACAUUCAGUUACCAUGAAGAAUGUUGAUCAGUUUGUACUACAGAGGAGAAUGUACUGUAUGCAAAGGAAUAUAAUUUUUCAAAUGAUGUCAUCAGUAUUUAGGUUUAAAUCAGCUGCCAGAUUUAUUGUUAGUCUGUUUGAAAAAUAAUUCAGAGGUUAUUCCAAUUGGGCAAUAAGAAAUGUAUGCUUGUUAGCUUCCAGCAGUGGUAUAUAAAUGUAAAUUCUGUAGUAAAAUAUGCCAGCAAUUAAAUAAGUUUAACAGAAGAGUAAAACCUGAAAUUUUCUACUAAAAAUAUUUUUUGAAUUUGUGAUUUUCAUUCAUGGGCUUUCUGCAUCCUUUGUAAGACUUGCAAUCAACCUGAUGUAUUUUGGUGGGGGAAAUUAUUGAAUUAUAUCUGCACAUUGAUUUAUUUGGUCAAAAGUCUAUUUUAUUAAGACCUAAGAAGAACCCACAGAAGCUGUUCAGUCUGGUAGCGUUCAUAGUUUCUGCUAAAAAUGUUAAAUUAGACUCCAUACAUGCAUGCCCAAAUGACAUACGAUUUUAAAAAUGUACUUUUCUUUGCUUGAUUUAAUAUUUUUGUUUUGUGGGUGGUUAAUGACUUGAUUUUUAAAUCAGGCCUUUUGAUUGUUAGUGAAUACUACAAGAGCACUGUCUGACAGAACUGAAAAAGAUUGUAGUUUUGCUUGUGAACUAUGAAAGUGUGAUGCAGAAAAUAAAAAGGACAAAAAAUG